AAUUUUCUCCUCAAGGUCUACUUCCAUGUUAUUAGCAAGGAUUCAACGGCUGCUGGAGGAAAUGUGCCUGAUUCUCAGCUCAGUGCACAGAUCAGCGUCAUGAAUACGGCAUAUGCCACUGCUGGUAUCACUUGGACCCUCGCGGGCACGACUCGCACCGUGAACGCAGAUUGGUUCAACAACGCUGGACCAUCAACGACACAACAAACGACUAUGAAGAACCAACUUAGGACCGGCGCCGCCAAGGAUCUGAACGUCUAUACUGUUGGUUUCGUCUCUGGUUCUGGAGCAGGUCUCCUCGGCUACUCCACAUUUCCCUCCAGCUACUCUGGUGCACCCAAGGAUGAUGGUGUAGUCAUGCUCUUUUCAUCUGUCCCGGGAGGAUCUUCGGCCCCUUACAACCUCGGUCAAACUCUUACCCAUGAAGCGGGUCACUGGGUCGGUCUAUACCAUACUUUCCAAGGCGGAUGCACUGGCGCAGGCGAUAGCGUCAAUGACACCCCUCCAGAGGCCUCCGCUGCUUUCGGAUGCCCCACUGGCCGUGACACUUGCGCUGGUGGAGGUGUUGACCCUAUCCACAAUUUCAUGGACUACACCGACGAUUCCUGCAUGAACCAGUUCACCGCUGGCCAGGUUACUCGUCUGAGGUCCCAGAUCGCCACCUACCGUGGAAUCCCCGCAUGA